AUGUCUGAAAAUAAUUGGAAGCGAUGUUUGGAGUGGAUCAUGCGAUGUGACAUUUUGGAGAGUGACCACAAACUCAGCAAAUCUAACGUUGAGUUGGUAGACUUCGCCCAAGCCCUCCGUGAUGGGGUGAUAAUCUGUCAGCUGCUGAAUACUUUGGUGCCUGGCGUCCUCGAACAACGCGAGUUCAGUCAGAGACCUCAGAUGUCGCAGUUCCUGUGCUCGAAGAACAUCAAAGUGUUCCUGCUGAAGUGCAGGGAGGUCUUCCAACUGCCGCUGGACUGUCUCUUCCAGGUGGCCGAUCUCCUCGACAUGAAGGACUUUUCCAGGGUCAUCAACACCCUCUCCAUCCUCUCCAACUCGCGUCUCGCCGUCGAGAGUGGCAUCAAAGGAUUCAACACAGAGAGUGAUCAAGACUAUGGGACGUUGAAGGGGUUUGCCAAUUUAAGGAUAGAAGAUGAUGGUCCGUACACAAAAUAUGAUGACAAAAUAUAUCAGGAUCUCAUAUCCAUACGUAGGCAGGAGUCAAUGAUGGAUCAAACGAUGAAAGUGUCAAAAAUGACAAAAAGAGAGUACUGCAUCAAAGAGUUGGUGGAGACUGAACAAUUCCAGAAGAAGCUGGUUGGCAAGCUUGAUCCGAAAGACAAUGCGGCACUCUUCAAAGGGAUCGAGGUGGUCGAAGACCUCCGACCGGUCCACACGGGCUUUCACAGCGACCUCUCGAAAGCGUGCCACAGCAGGUACGGCAGCAGCAGGACAUCCGGUCACAUGACCAUCCCAGACUGCUUCAUCAAGUGGAAGGAACAGUUUCUCAGAUACGGGGACUACUGCUCCAACUUGUUGAAAGUUCAGAGCCUGCUGGACAAGCUGCUCAGUCAGUCACCCACCAGAGAAGCCAUAACUUUGUGCCAAAUGGAAGCUGAACACAACAAGUUUCUGCUGAGGGACUUGUUGGCAGUUCCCAUGCAGAGAGUCCUCAAGUACCACAUCCUACUCAAGGAGCCUCUGGACCUCAUGCGGUACGGGCAUCUUCAGCAGGAUGGAGAGUUGAGGUACCGACUGAUGGAUGAGAAGAAGGAUAAGUUCGGAUACGUGUUCCUGUUUGACAAGUUGUUGCUCGUAUGCAAGGCUAAGGGCACAGACACGUACACGAUGAAGUACAGUUACGAAGUGAUCGACAGCCAAGUGGAAAUCAUCAACAACCCCAAAGAUAAGGAUAAGUUUGGCUUCCAUCUGAACGUAUUGAGAAGUAACGACCCACUGAAGUCGACAUUGACAUUGAUAUUUUAUGCCAAGUCAGCUGAUCUCAGGAACAAAUGGAUUGAAAGUUUCAAAGCUGCUAUAGAUAACAUCUGUCCGGUUGGUUGGUCUAACCACAUCCACAUGUUCAUUUUAACUUCCUUCUCCCAGCCAACCAUUUGCGAUGUCUGUCGAAGACUGCUCAAGGGCGUGUUCUACCAAGGCUACAAGUGUAAAAACACCAACAUGAUAGUGCACAAAUCCUGCAUCCUGGCUGCUAAAGAUAUGACAGGACCACCCACCGUACCUCCCAGAGAACACCCCGGAUAUAGAGCCAAGGCAACAUCGAGUUACAAGGGUCUGCCACCCCCUCCAGGCACCCACUCCCCACUCAACUUUCAGGAAAAUGACAUCAUAACUGUUCUUUCAACGGAGACGGAUCCCUGGUGGUUGGGGAAACAUGGCGGUAGUGAAGGUUACUUUCCAAAAACAUUUGUCACUCUCAUCAAGCCCAGAGACUCCUCCCAUCUUGACGACACUCAAGACAUUUCAAUAGCAACUCCACAUGUCAGCUCCCAAUUACCGUUCCUCCUGCAACAAACUCUACCCUCCAGACCGAGCAGAACAACCUCAUUGGUCCAUCCGCCACCCAAUCAGAAACAAGUAUUAUUGAACAGUAGUGCCUCCUUUCUGAAUCCGUCGACCAUUGAAAAUGCUCCCCCCAUCCCAAGGAGGAUAUCUCGGGACCCGUCCAACUGUUCAUCUCCAUCCAAUGCCAACUUGUCUCCUGUCUUCAGUCCCUCUCCCAGUAACACGUCACUCAGCAGCAACAAUUCACAAAACGAAUUUUUUGGAGAAGAUUUGGCCGUGUUUCCCUGGUUCGUUGGUGAAAUGACGAGGGAAAGAGCCACUGAAUUGUUGGAGAAGUUGAUCGAUGGCGCCUACUUGGUGAGGAUAAGCAAAACUGCGGACAGGAAGG